AUGUCUCGAACGAAUGUCUCGAAUAACAAUGUAAACAUCGCAGAUGAAGUUUAUGAAAAAGUUCGCCCAUUACAAAAAGCUUCCAAUAACGAUCAAGGACACGGAGAUGAUAUACCUGUUAAAUCACCUAGCAAAUUCAUAGAGUUAUUUUCACAUGAAUAUCAACCACCUCUACAAUCAACAAGCCUCUCAGUAAAAUCUUCAUCAUCCAAUGAGUUUUCUCUCGAAGCGGCAAUGCGAGUGACUGACACAUCUAACGAAGCAAUACGAACGGAUGAUGAAAAUGGAAUGGUUAAAUCCUAUACUCUACCGAAUUAUAAUUCGAAAGCAGUUCUAGAACGAGAUAUCAUCUUAAGUGAUCUUUCCAUACAGCAACAACAACAAUUAACUGAUAACGAUUGUGAAUAUGAGAUCGAUCUAGGAAAUGGUUGGUUAACAAAAUCGAUAUCUUCGUACGAAUCUGGCAGUAGGAAACACAAACGAACGACAAUCGGUCAUUCUGCUGAUUCGAGUCAACUGACAGAUAGUCUCAAAAUUCCAUUUACAAGUACAUUUUAUAAUCAGCAUGUGCAAGCCAAGAAAAAUAUUGAACCAUGGAAUGGACUAUUCAGUUCACAUAUACAACGACCAUGUUCAAGAAUCUCUCCUCGAACAGUUUCGAUUUUUAUAAUGGGAACAACAGUUCUCGUCUUCAUGAGUGUUAUCAUAUUUCUUGUCGUUUAA